GCCUGUUUUCUGUGCUGCACAGCCGGUGAGAAGCAGAAGAACCAAGUGCACAUGACAUCCACGCUCAGCUCUGUGCUGGCCUCGCGUCGGGAACACCAUGACACCCUGUGCUCGCAAUUCAACAAGGUUGUGGAGUUUGCCACUGAACUGAGCAAGAAAUACACCACGUCAGAUUUGCUGGAGGAGUACCUGAAAGAGCUUUCUGAUACAGACAUCAAAAAGAACACGCAGUCAUUGGCAACCGAGACCCUGAAGCCUGACGACACUACGCAGCAAACGCUGUCUCACCUCGACAAAUAUAUGAUGGAGAACAAUAAUAGAAUUCCUCCAAUUGUCACAAGCUGCAUCCAGUUCAUUGAACAGAAUGGUCCUACCAUUGAAGGAGUGUUCCGAGUGCCAGGCAUUGUCAGCCAAAUCGAAGAGAUGAGAGAGCAGUUCAUCGACGAAGACAAAGACCCCUUGUUUGGCAAUGAGGAACAGAAGAAGACGUACGAUAUUCACGCCGUGGGCAGUUUGCUCAAGCAAUACCUGCGUGAUCUUCCUGAGCCCGUCUUCCCUUUCAGUACUUUCCAGCGUAUUGUUGAUGUACAAACAAAGACUGAUCAACAGGAGAGGGUUAACCACCUGUCCGAGAUCAUGAAAGAUUUACCAGAGGGACGGCGGAUUGUCCUUCGGGAAAUUAUGCGCUUCUUGGACCACUUCUCGGAGCAUGCCCUCGCUACCAAGAUGAACAGGAACAACCUGGCUCUCGUCUUUGGGCCCACCCUGUUAGCGGCCCCGGCGGACAUGGAUGCCAUUACGCUGGCGCAGCACACCACCUCCAUUAAUUUGGUUACACUGCUCAUGGUCGAAAACCGUGGUACCAUCUUUGGAGAACCAGAAACGAUUGAACCUCCAGCGCCUGUAGAAGAAACUGUUGAGACGCCAUCUCUGUCACGUCUUGAACUGCGCAAGCUGCAGCCUAUUCUCUACAACCAGCUGGAGAAUUCUCUACUACACUCUGUUUUCUCAGGCCUGCGCACCAGCGAAACGGCUCCUGCCUCUGUUAUUGCCGCACCCAGCUCUGUUAUUGCCGCACCCAGCUCUGUUAUUGCCGCACCCAGCUCUGUUAUUGCCGCACCCAGCUCUGAAAUGGAUGAGACCCUCUCCAAGAUUGUGGCAGGCGAGUCAUCCCGAUCCGGCAGCGUGACCAGCUCUAAGGAUGCACCUGUUGCAUCAGCGCCACAGAGCGAAUCCGAAGCCGAAGCUGCCGAGAAGAAGGCGGCAGUGCUCAAUCGAUUUGGCCGUAGCCAGAGUGCUCUGCAGCACAGCAGUCUACAAGGUGCGCUGUCCAAAGCACUAGCGGCAGAGUCUUUGAACAGGAAGCGUUUAUCAGUACCAUCUCUGAGCAUCAAGGAAAGUGGUGAUUCUAAUCAGGGAUCCUCCUCACCUGGAGCAGACACUGGCACAGCUAAUUCGCCUGAACCAUCGCCACUUCUCGAUCGCCGUCGCUCUUCGCCUGGAGUCAGGAGUCUCUCUUCCUCCCCGACGAAAGAGCCCUGCAGUGGUGGCCAGGAGGCUGGCACUGAACCAAUGAAGCCACUGGAGAAGGCAGAGUCCCCCAAAGCUGAUACACAAUCUGUACCAGCAUCGCCAUCAGCAUCGCCAUCAGUUUCGUCAACGCAGCAAGUGAAGGCGUCGCAUGCGUACACCGCACGCACCGCCAAAGAGCUGACCUUCCAGAAGGGCGCAGUGAUCGACGUGUUCUCAAAAUCACCCGACGGCAACUGGUGGGACAGUAUGCUUGAUGGCAAGCGCGGCUACGUACCCGUGUCCUAUGUCAAGACCGUUUGAGCAUGUCUGUUUUUCUGUCAUUACCUUGAAUGCUACUGAGGCUUAGCAAUAGGAGUUGUGCCCAAUGGACUCCCAUCCCAGCCUCACGACCUAACUACAAUAAUAACAUUGUAGCGCCCUGCACCGCGUUCAAUGCACAGCCUUACCCUACCUUACUUGCUAUAACAUUAUUAUUAUUAUUAUUAUUAAAUUUUUGAUAGGGCAAUCCCCACAGGCCUAAGCCUUCUUACGGGGUACCCUUCAUGUGUCAAUACAAGGUUACGGAAGCGAGAAACGGAUGCGCAUAUUCGAAUGUCAGCAUGUAGAGAGUUCCAACGAUCCGAGCCUAGAAAACUGAGAGAAAGGACCAUACCAACUUGAAGCAGACAGAAGAGGAAGGGCCUUAAAAACUUGAGAGCGUCACCGUGUACAAAAGCUUGCCGGAAGGGGGCUGAGGGCUAGACUUACUGGACACCUCUCAUCCGAACUCACUACAUUUGUAGAUCUCGCCUUUCUCAAACUUGCAUUCAAUUUCGGGGGGGGGGCAAUGCCCCCCCCCCAACAAGGCCGACGCACGGCCAACAAAAUCGCUAUCUGUCUUUGACGCCAUCAUGACAUCAAUGCAUGUGCAUGGCUGUACCACGGUUGGCAUGAUGUUCUGAACCUGUUACUUCAGAUCAACGAA